CUUAUCCUCCACUUCGACGCAAAUAAAAAAAAUUACCCCACAUUGCGACUGGAAUCUACAAACACAAUAUCCGUCAUUGGGAUCACCGAAGGCCACUACAAAUUUCACGUCUCAAUAACUGAUCCGUCCUUCUCGUCGUUUCUCCCCAAUCUGGCGUCACUUCCUUUUCGAUUCAAAUCCGGUGGCAACGGCACCAUGCCUUCCUCCGUUGCUUCCCAUUCCCACCGGAAUACUACAAAAUCCGCGAAUAAACCAUUCAAGUCUCGCAAGUCCACCAAGGGAUAUUUGAAAGAACUCUCGAAAGGUAACUUUUAUCAAUACUCACCCUGCAAAAGUAAAUACUAACUAUACUACAAGGCAAGAUACAAGACCUCAGUCACCGAAAGUCUCCCCACCAACAGCUCAUGUCCAAAUUCGAUCGUCGCAACCAAGCCCGACAAAAGCAACAAGUAAAACACAGAGAGCAUCUCAGAGAGAGCAGCGUAUUUGUCGGCCGCAAUGGAGCGCCCAGAAUCGUUGCGGUUAUGCCAUUAUGCGAGGAUACCAACGCUGCUACUGCCGUACGCCUUUUAAGUAGUAGUCUGGAUGUCGAAGUCGAGGUACCCGAGGAAGGUUCAGUCCGAAUAGAUAUCGAACGAUUCAAACAGAAGAUUCAGUAUGUGGUGGUCAAAAGAGAUCUGGUUUCAUGUUUGGAUGCUGCCAGAGUCGCAGAUUUUGUCGUAUUCAUUUUAUCACCAGAUCAAGAAGUGGAUGCCCUGGGAGAACUCAUCCUUAGAAGUGUCGAAAGCCAAGGAUUAUCCACACUAUUAACAGUAGUCCAAGGAUUGGACAAGAUUGAACCCGCCAAAAAGAGAACACAGGUUCUGGCAUCACUCAAAUCCUAUAUCACUCAUUUCCACCCUGACCAGGAGAAGGUUCAUAGCCUGGACUCACGACAAGAAUGCGCCAACAUGAUGCGCUCAUUAUGUACGACUACACCAAAGGGAGUGCACUGGAGAGAUGAGAGAAGCUGGAUGCUUGUUGACGACAUUCAAUGGCCAGAAACCGAGGGGGGGAAUGUUGUUGUGGCAGGAGUUGUUCGAGGAAAAGGACUAAAGGCAGAUCGACUUGUCCAAGUUGGUGACUGGGGAGAUUUCCAAAUUGAGAAGAUUACAGCAGCUCCUUUAGAGCCCAAAAAGCGACGUUCAGAUGAUAUGGCAGUGGAUGAAUCCGAACUGGUUCUUGACACACCAACUGAUGACCAAGAUGAUCUUGCAGAACUGGCUCCAGAGGAAAUCAUGAUGAGAGAUGACGAUGACGAUGCCACAAUGUCAGUUGCAACAACUGAAAAGCGAGGAGUGCUUCUAGAUGAUCACCAUUAUUUCUCUGAUGAUGAAACCCACCUUCCAGCUGUACCCAAAAAAUUACCAAAGGGUACAUCGUCAUAUCAAGCUGCCUGGUUUUUGGGAGACGAUUUCUCGGAUUCGGGGUCUGAUUGGGAAGAAGUUAACGAGCGAGGAAAUACAUCAACAGAUGUUCCAGCACUUCCAAUGGAUGGUGUCGAGGGAUUUGCUCCAAGAGAGCCGACUGAAGCAGCACCUUCGGAAUAUCCACAAUCAGAAAUGUUCUUGGAUCCAAAUCCAGAUGAUGAAGCAGAAGCCGAGCAACUUGCUUCUUUCAGAAAGCGUAAAGGCGACGAGGCUGAGGAUGAUAGAGAAUUUCCUGAUGAAAUUGAGUUACAUCCUCAUGUUUUGGCACGAGAAAGAUUGGCUCGUUACCGUGGGUUAAAGAGUUUGAGAAGUAGUCGUUGGGAAGAGGACGAAGAUAGAGCCCACGAACCUGAAGAAUGGAGAAGACUACUUCAAGUUCCAGAUUACAAGGCAUCUCGAAGCCAAGUUACCCGAGAAGCUUUGGUCGGGGGAGCGGCAGCAGGAACUCGUGUCCAUGUUUACCUUCGCAAUGUACCAUCCUCGCUAAAGUCUACAUACGAUUCCAGCCGCCCACUCAACCUCUUCUCGCUACUUCGCCACGAGCAUAAGCGAACUGUGGUUAAUUUUAACUUUACUCUCAGUUCCGACUGUGCAGAACCAAUAAAAUCCAAAGAGGAAAUGAUUAUGCAAUGUGGGCCUCGAAGAUUCCUGGUCAAGCCCUUGUUUUCCGAGGGUGGAAACACAUCAAAUGAUGUUCAUAAGUUUGAUCGUUUCCUUCAUCCAGGGCGAUCAGCGAUUGCUACUUUUGUUGCCCCUCUCACUUGGGGCUCUGUACCUGCUCUUUUCUUCAAACGCAAUACCGAGACGGGCUCAGAGACACCACUCACACUCCUCGCAACUGGAACGUCACUUCCACCUUCCUCAAGCCGGGUGAUCGUGAAGCGUAUCAUUCUCACAGGACAUCCCUACAAGAUUCAUAAGAAGCUUGUCACAAUCCGAUACAUGUUCUUCAAUCGCGACGAUGUAGAGUGGUUCAAAGCAUUACAGUUGUGGACAAAGCGAGGUCGAAGUGGAUUUAUCAAAGAGAGUUUGGGAACGCAUGGAUAUUUCAAAGCAACAUUUGAUGGCAAGAUCAAUCCUCAAGAUUCGGUUGGAGUUAGUUUAUACAAAAGAGUAUGGCCAAGAUCGGCAGAGCCUUGGAGUUUUGCGAAUGUUAGCCAAGAGACUGAAGACAUGGUUAUGAUUAGGGGUUAA